AUGGAUAAGGUUUCGAAGUCAGAGCGCAGUUGCAAGUGCACGGAGGACACAGUAUCGACCUCGCGCACUCUGACCCCGGACUGCGAGUGCCCUCGCGACGAGCGCGACAUCGUCAUUCACGAGGAGUCCUGCCUGCUGUUCAAGUAUGAGACCAUCAUUACGCCGCAUGAUCCGGAAUUGUGCGAGUGCCCGCCGUUCCCGACUCCUGUAUGCGAAUGCUGCAAGUGCCUCAUAGAGCAGUGUACCUGCAAGACUUCGGCCAGAGACGCUCUGGAGGAAUGGCGCGUGACCCGCGACGUGGGCCCGAUGCCGGCGGUGCUGGAGUCCACGCACCCGCUCAUGCAGAAGUUCCAGGAGUCUCUACGCCGCUUCCUCGAGAAAGAGAACGAGCUCGCCGAGCAGGAGAUCAUAGCCCUGCGAGCUGAGUUAAAAGAGGGUAAAACUGCCUACGAAGCCGAGCUGGAAGGAGUCUACAGGAGUGACCAUGAUACUAACGGACAAAGGGUGUUGAUAGAGGAGUACGAAGCAACAUUGGCUAACGAGACGAAGGCGAGGCACGAUGCCGAGGAGAGGGCUCGCAUCGCCAACGAGAAGUUCCGGCAGCUGAAGGAUAAAUUUGACAACGAAAUGAUGACUGAACGCGAGUCUACCGAGGAGUUGGAAGCCCUGACCGCGCUGGUUCGCCAGCUGGAGAAGUGGCGCGAGGAGACGGAGUCAGACCUCACCGUCAGCCAGCGCAUGUCCGAGAAGAUGCGGCGAGAAAAGAAGGAGUUAGGAGAUGAGAAGCGGCAACUGGACAUGGUAAUCUACGGGCUGAGCAACGAGGUGUGGAAGCUGCAGUCCCGGCUGGAGUUGUUCAAGAAGCAGAUGGAGAUCAAGAACUCAGAGAUGGACAGAGUUACUGACAAGACAAUAGCGUACGCAACUGAGCUGGAAGACUUGGAGAUGGAUGAGAAGCGUCUGAUGAGCUUGUGGAACUCAGUGCUCGUCAAUAUCAAGCAACGGGACAAGGUGUUCGACUCCGUACGAGACGACUACAAAGCAUUACAAGAAAACUAUCGCACGCUGAUGUGUAACCUGGAGAUCACGAAGCGGAUCAACAAUGAGGAAUUGAAUCGAAGCAAGGAGUUGGCCAUGAACCGAGACAAACUCAACUACGAUAUGGCUGCCCUGUCCAAAACCUUUGAAUCGGAGGACGAGACACGCAGAGACUUGGAAGCAGAAAUGGAACAUCUGACGCAAUCUAUAGAGAUGUCCGAAAGAGAUGAGGAACUGCUCAAGAUGGAAAACCAAACGAUGCGUAACAUUUUAGCGACGACAGAGAAGGAACUCAGCAGGAGAUCAAAUCUGAAGCUGAAGUUGGAGAACGAGAUCCUCACCAACCUGCAGGAAUGCCUGCUCAAUGACAAGGCCGUCGAGACCAUGGCCAAGGGCAUCAAGCAUAUGCGGGACAUGUCUCGGAAACUGGAAAUUUCGCUAAUGACUAUAGAGAACCAGCACGCCAAAGUAAUGUUAGAUAUAGAGGUGCACCACAACAGACAGUUGAAGAACAAAUCAAUCGCGGAAAAGAAGCUGGAGCAGGUCCGGGAAAGAGAGAAAGAAUUAGACCAGCUGCAAGACAAGUUUGAUCAGAAGUCGUCCCUCAUGAUGAAGAAGCAACGGGAGUUGGACAUCGUCUUGAAGAAGUAUGUGGCGUUGAAGGAGGUUUUUGACAUGAAGUCUCCUCAAGAGCGGCGUAUUGACGAAAUGGAGCAGCAGAUUCGUAGCCUGCGAGAUCGCACGGAGGUUAUGCAACACGAGUGGCUACGGCUGCAGGGACACGUCGUCAAGCUCGCCACGCAGUACCAGAAGAUCAUCGCAGACAUCAGCCUUCUUAAUAAACAAAUCCAGAUUUGCGACCAGAAGACGAUGCACAUCCAGGCAAAUUUAGAAACCGUGCAUCAGGAGCGCAUCAAAGUGGACCGUCAGCUGCGCGAUCUGCGCGGCCAGUUGGAGGUGCUGGAGCGCACGCGCAAGGAGGCCAACGAGCGCAACCAGUGCACGCAGCGCGUCAAUCUUGCCCUCACGCACGAGUACACUGCUAAUCUCAAGAACGCAGAAAGUGAAUUGAUAGAGCUUGAAGAUGAAAUAGAAGUACUAGAAAAAGAUAAGAUGAAUCUGACUCACGAACUUGACUCCAAACAAAGAGAGGCGAUGGUUUGGCAGAGAAAAGGAAUAUUAGCCGUGGAGCUCAAAAGAAGUAUAUACGAAGCCAAGUCCUCCGCUGGCGAAAUCGGUCAAAUGAAGAAUGAAAUCCAUCGUAUGGAAGUUCGUCGCGAGCAACUCCGGCGCACGGCAGAAAAGCUGGCAGAAGACCUGGCUCUGUACGUGACGCGGAGAGAAACCGCCAUGGACAAGACGCGAGCUCUAGCGGCCGUGGAGAAGGCGCGCGGAGUCCCCGGACACACCUCCCAGUCUACCUACCACCACAAACUGAGGCUGGCCAAGGCCGAUGUCGCUCGGGUUACCAAGGAACUAGCGGAAUCCAAGGCCCGCAUGUCGGAGCUGCGUAGAGAGCAAGACCGGCUGGAGAAGGAGGUGCGCGAGACCAGCGCCAUGAACACACAGCUGGAGGAGCAAGUCGCCACGCUGCUGCGCGAAUGCCGCGACACAGAGCGCGACAAACAAUGGCUGUUGGAGCGUGUGGUCCGCAGUCAGCGGCUGGGCAGCGAGCUGGCGCGCGCCGUCAAAAGGCAGUCGUUACGGAUCCGGAAGCCUAAGAACUCCGUCAUCACGGAGUUUAAUCAGGCACGCGCACUCAAUGACCGACUUAGGUUUAUGGUGGAGAACUUAAUGCGAGAGUACCCUCACUUGGAGGAGAGGCUGACAGUGAUAGCCAACACGCUGAACAUAUACUCGCCGAGCAACUCGCCGCGCCUCACCGAGGAGGGAACCUGCUACGACGAGACGGAAGACGGGGCGCCGGGCUGCGUCAUCCCGGAGGAAACCGUCGAAGAGGAGGAAAAGAUACAAUGCGCGCCCGAGUGCGAGUGCGAGGCCAAGCAGAUACGCGACAGAGAAGAGGCACGUGCAAGAGAAGAGGCACUUGCCAAAGCAGAAGCAGAGAAGUGCGAGGAAGAAGAGGAACCGUAAAUUAGGUAUUUGCAGUCGCCGAGCACCGUAUCUCUUUUCGUUUUUAAAGUUGAGAACUCACAUCGUAUUAUCGUCGUCGUAUGAAUUACGUAUAUUUACUUUGAAACUUGUGUAAACAGAUGGCAUUGGUACAAAAUGACGUACGUGAGAGUAAACGUGCGGAUAGUAGUUAGAGUAGCUCCUAUCCAUUGGAAUAACUACACCGAAAUAUAUACGUGCGCUGUAAAGACAUUUGUGUCGAGUGACACAUUUUGAAUUGUUAUCUAUUAGCGCACUCUUACAUCUAAUUAAAUGUAGAUCUAUGAAAUGCGUGUUGUGUGAUGGAUGAACUACAUUUGUAGUGUUGGUAUGUGGUGCAACUAAGGCCAAUUUAAUAUUCAUGGUUUUUACUUGCCGAUUACUAAAAAAGUGU